GAGGACAAGCGUGAGAUUAAAACCCUUCACUUUCUUGGCAUUUGUCUUCACUCCUUUUCUCUUCACAGUAGAAUCCAGAGAGAGUCAUAGGGGGGAGCUCUAAUGGCAGUAUGAACAAAGGAAUCUUACAAUCUCUUCUUCUCCGAAGAGGAAGAUGGCUUUAGAAGAAGAGGAGGAGGUUCAAAACGCACCGUAUUGUAUGCUUUUCUGCGAGGAAGAGAGUAGUGGGUUCGAUGAGGGAGAAGACGUAGAUUUACGCGAGAAAUCCGGCGAGAGUGCUGCAAAGUUUCCGUUUUUUCAUCUGGGUUUUCUCGAUCAUGACAUGUUUUGGGAUGACGAUGAGUUAUUGGGUUUGAUUUCGAAAGAGGACGAGUUGAAACCGUGUCUUUACGAAGACGGAAUCUUAGAUGAGUUUCUGGUUCUCUGUCGUGAGAAGGCUCUUGAUUGGAUCUUUAGAGUGAAGUCUCAUUACGGGUUUAAUUCGUUGACGGCGCUUCUCGCUGUGAACUACUUCGACAGGUUCAUCACAAGCAGGAUGUUUCAGACAGAUAAGCCAUGGAUGUCUCAGCUUACAGCUGUGGCUUGUUUGUCUCUAGCUGCUAAGGUUGAAGAGAUCCGAGUCCCGCUGCUCUUAGAUCUCCAAGUGGAAGAAGCAAGAUAUGUCUUUGAGGCUAAAACCAUACAGAGAAUGGAGCUUCUGAUUCUCUCUACUCUUCAAUGGAGGAUGCAUCCUGUGACUCCAAUCUCCUUUUUCGACCACAUUAUCCGUCGAUUCAGCUCUAAGUUUCACCAGCAAUUGGAGUUCUUGAGUAGAUGUGAGUCGCUGUUGCUCUCCAUUGUUCCAGAUUCGAGGUUUCUUAGUUUUAGCCCAUCUGUGUUAGCCACUGCAAUAAUGGUCUCUGUCGUUAGAGAUUUCAAGACGUGUGACGAAGCUGAAUACGAAUCUCAGCUCAUGACUCUACUCAAAGUUGAUUCGGAGAAAGUAAAUAAAUGCUAUGAGUUAGUGUUAGAGCACAGUCCAAGCAAGAAGAGGAUGAUGAACUGGAUGCAACCCGCUAGUCCAAUCGGUGUGUUCGAUGCAUCGUUCAGCUCUGACAGCUCGAACGAGUCGUGGGUUGUGUCUGCUUCAGCUUCUGCUUCUGCUUCAGUGUCUUCAUCAUCUUCUCCAGAGCCUUUGUUCAAGAGGAGGAGAGUGCAGGAGCAGCAAAUGAGGUUGUCUUCAAUAAACAGAAUGUUCCUCGAUGUGUUUAGUAGCCCUCGCUAAUAAUUUCAACAACCGAAUCCAAGAAUCUGUCGAUUUAAGAAACAUAAAAAAUGUGUUUCCCCUGUUUUACAUAUUAUCGGCUAUGGUAAGGCAGAAAAACAUUUAUGCGUUUUACUCUGGCUCUUGUGUUUAUGGGCGGUUUCAAAUGGUGUACUUUUCAGUAUUUGAUAAAUCGGAAAAAAAAAACAGAGAUGUUUAUUUUCUUUACAUUAAAAAGAUUCCUUAUGAUCUUGUUUCGUUCAUGGUUGAAUGAUGAUCUAAUAUCUCACCUUA